UAAAUUGUCGCACUGAGGACGGAAUUUAUAUCAUAUAUCGUAUAGUCUUCUCGUUAUCAUGAAUUGCCCUUCACAUCACCGACAAACAUAUAGAGGAGUGUUUCUUGUACUCAAAUAUAGAUUUUCUAUAAGAGAUAGACCAAUAAAUACGUGCAUACAAAAAAGUUUACAGUAGGAUUAAGUCAGAUCUUUUGUGACUUGCAUGUCAGAGAGAGAGGGUGACGAAACAGUAUAUCCUGCACCAUGUCGUUUGAAAGUGAUACGCCAAAGAGCGACUAACAUAGUGACGUCUGAAGAUGUGCUGUAACAACGUUCAUGAUAACUCUCGUAUCUGCUAUUUAUAUUGCACAGCAACUCUGACCACAAGCAGUGUGUGCGAGAUGUUACGACAAGGCGUUUGUGUGAGUAGGUCGCUCGUCGUUGGAGGCCAAAACGCAGCGUUGCGCAAUGUCAGCGCUCGUGUGCUCAAGAGAUGCAACAGCACUAUGGUUGCCACACAGGCCAGGCCGGAGGAGUGGGAUUACGCCAAGCCAUUUGAAGACAUGCCAGGACCAAAGCCGUUGCCUAUCAUAGGGAAUACCUGGAGAUUUAUCCCACAUAUUGGUGAUCUUUAUCGACUAACAGAAGAAAGCUACCACAGAGAUCUCUACGAAAUGUAUGGGAAAAUCAUGAAGAUAACUGGAAUCCCGGGGGUUAAAAACAUGGUGAUGGUCUUCGAUCCUGACGUCAUUGAAAAGGUGUACAGAAAUGAAGGACCGUGGCCGAUCAGAGACACAGCAACAAGUUUGGCCUAUUAUCGACUGAUUACAAGAAAAGAUUUCUUCCAAGGUGUUGGAGGCGUAGCUAUAACUCAAGGAGAAAUAUGGCAGAAGUUCAGGUCGAAAGUGAAUCCCACUAUGAUGCAGCCCAGGUCAACUAAACUCUAUGUGGCACCCAUCGAUUCCGUUGCCAACGAUUUCUUGAAGAGAAUCAGACUGAUAAGAGACGAAAACUUGGAAAUGCCUGAUGAUUUCGCCAACGAACUCUGCAAAUGGGGAUUAGAGUCCAUUGUGUAUAUUGCUCUGGACACGCGCCUGGGCUGCCUGGAUGCAGAUCUUGCACCGGACUCAGAGCCUCAAAAGAUGAUUGACUGUGUCUCUGUAGUAUUCGACUGUUUGCACGUAAUGGAAUCUAAGAUCCCUAUGUGGAAAUAUGUGAGCACACCAACAUGGAGGAAGUUCCUCAAAGCUUCGGAUAUGAUGACUGAGUUCUGUAUGAAACACAUCAACCAGGCUAUGGAGCGGCUCAAGGCCAUGCCAGAGGACCCUGACAGGGAACUGACUGUCUUGGAGAAGUUGUUGAUAACAGACCCCGAUCCCAAGACCGCGAUAGUCAUGGCACUGGACAUGAUGGGGGCCGGUGUUGAUACGACUUCCUACUCCACCGCUGUAGCUGUAUAUUACUUGGCGCAGAAUCCUGAGAAGCAGCAGAAACUGUUCCAAGAAAUACUGCGCUACCUUCCUGACAAGGAUCAGCCAGUUACUUCGGAAAUCCUGACUGAGCUCAAGUACCUGAAGGCGUGCAUCAAGGAAUCCAUGAGAUUGUCCCCACUUUUUGUCGCAAAUCAAAGAGAAACCGUUAAAGAUAUGGUUUUGGCUGAUUAUCAAAUACCAAAAGGAACCAGCAUCUUUAUGCCCUUCACGAUGUUGGGUCACAUGGAGCAGUAUUGCCCAGAAGCGAAUAAAUUCAUCCCAGAGCGGUGGCUGAAGACUGAGCAGGAGCACAGCAAGAGGGCGCACCCUUUCGUGACAAUGCCUUUCGGCUUCGGACCAAGAAUGUGCGUUGGCCGAAGGUUUGCUGACCUGGAGAUGGAAACAUUAGUGGCGAAGUGUUCGUCCUCGGGGCUGUGGAAAUUCACCUAAAAUCUCGGUCACGACACGAGACUGGGAGUUGAGCUUGGAUCCCCAAGAAUACGAAGUAGGAGUGCUAAUGGCUCGGCCGUGUAUUUCGGUAGAACGUGACAAGGACAUCCGGAUACGACUUCUGCCAACGGUCACAGCCUCUGGAAAUUUGUCCAACCGACAGCAUAAUGCAUGUUAAUCAGAGUACAAGCUUUUAGCUGUAGCUGUAAUCCUCACUGAAACAGUUUUUCUACCCACAUUCAACAUGAAAUAAGCGUAAGAAUGAAGCAAACAAUUUGGUUUGCUACUUUGCUUUUCAGAUUAUACGAAACCCUCGGCACUGAAAACAAAUAGACAACGAUAGCGACACAAAACUUCGUUUAUUUUAAAACAAUGUUAACCUCUGAAAAUUACAGAAUUAUCAAGAGAUUUUAAGUGGGGGAAUAUCAAUAUACGAACUGCACGAAAUUUUCAGUUCUUAAGAAGGCUAAAGCUUGACGCGAUAUCGUUAUGUACGCAAUUAGAGUUAGUCUCGUUACUAGUACCAGUACAAAACUGAUGCUAUAAAUGCCAGUUGAUAUAUAUUUGAAUCGGUAUUACAGUGUCAACAUAUUGUGGCGUGCCGCCAGAAAGCCGGAAAGGUUCAGAAGAUCAGAGUUUAUUUCCUAGGCAACGACCAGCGUUUCCGCUGGAACGCCUUGGAAUCCGAACGCUAACAAACCUAAGCAACGAAUUGUUCAAAGCGGUUGCAUGACAACGGCUGCGAUAAACAUGUAUAAUUCAGUGGGAACGGAAUACCAGCAGGACGUUGCCUAGGAAUCGCUUAAACAACAAAUGCUUUUCCCCGGAAAUGAAAGGAUAUCCAGCGGACAAAACGGAACCUUUGAACGCGAUAUUCACUAGUCAGUCCGAGUGUUCGUUAUAAAAGUCCAACUUCGACGAGACCAGUCAGUUCUUAGUGUAGCUCCGACUAGAGCGGAAGCCAGCUGGCAGCCGACAAAGGGAUCAAGACACUUCACUGAGAUCAGCGGUGCAAGAAAUAAUUGUGAUAGUGAAGUUGUGAAUAAUUGUAC